AUGGAAGUUCCCCAUCACCCAGCACUAAUUCUAAGACCAAAAGAUUGUCUCUCAAAAGCAGUGGCAGAAUUGACUGCUAAUGAUACUAAGACAAGGCAGCAAAUAUAUCCUAGACACAAAGCAUUAGAUAAAGUUCUUGGUUCAACAGAGAUGUUAAAUUAUAAAUAUGAUUAUCCUGAGCAUCAGAAUAAUAUAAGGGGAAGUGAUGACAAACCUAAUUACAUAACCGAUGAAGAAGCUGAUGAAUUACCAAGUGAUUUGGCUGUCUAUGUGAAUAAUAUCCAUGUAGAUAAUGUUGUUACUCCUAAUCUUGCGAAUAAAGAUGCUUCUAAUGGUGGAAAGGACGUUGAUGGGAUUAAGCCUGUUGAUCCUGAUAAAGGCACGCGGGGCGAUUUAUUGAGAAAUGGCGUGGUUGGAGGAAAGACGGAUGACCUUGGAAAGAUUGAGAUUAUUGAUGCUUGGUUAGAAAGACGAGAGGCACAAAAAAUUGAUAAUGAAAAUUUAUGUCCGUUUACUGUUCGGUAUCUGUAUAGUUAUGGUUUAAACCCUCACGAGAUUUUUAAUAGUGGUGAUAUAAAUGGUGUCAAAGCAUUCCAUCCCGUUACUGGUGCUAGUUUAGUUGGAAUGACUGAGAUUAGUAAAUUGAAUAACAUGCUUUUGGCGGACGGAGUAGAUAUUGGCAACCGUUUAACUCCUGCCGCAGUUCAAGAGUUACACAGAUUAGGUUACCUUCCAAUUGAUAUCGUGUCUGAUGGAUCUGAUAUUAAGGCUUACAAACUAGAUAAAAAAAAACCCCCUUUAAAUGGCAUAAAAAAAAUUCUUGCUUACCAUAAGGGUUGGGAAAUUCUUAAUAGUGCGGAAGCUAAUCAAAUUACUACGGCUUUAGCCUUAAAGGAAACUAACGCCCAAGAAAUCGCUACUAAGUUAGCGGCUUUAAAAACGAUUGCGAAUACUUAUCCAACGGGAACGCCCGCCCAACAAGCGGCUUGA